GAGUACAAUUUCUCUCAUCACGAAAAAUCCUCAAAAUUCCCCCCACCCUUCACUCUCACAUCACAACCGAUUUAUCGAGAAAAAAUGGCACCCACGAAAGGAGAGAAGAAGCCCGCCGCCGAGAAAUCGCCGACGGAGACGAAGCCCAAGGCCGGGAAGAAGCUCCCCAAGGACGGCGGCGCCGCCGUCGCCGGAGACAAGAAGAAGAAGCGCGUGAAGAAGAGCGUCGAGACGUACAAGAUCUACAUCUUCAAAGUGCUCAAGCAGGUCCACCCAGACAUCGGGAUCUCGAGCAAGGCCAUGGGGAUAAUGAACAGCUUCAUCAACGAUAUUUUCGAGAAGCUGGCUCAGGAAUCGGCUCGGCUGGCUCGGUACAACAAGAAGCCGACCAUCACUUCUCGCGAGAUCCAGACCGCCGUGAGGCUGGUGUUGCCCGGCGAGUUGGCCAAACACGCCGUUUCGGAAGGAACAAAGGCGGUUACCAAAUUCACCAGAGAUAAGAAGCCACCGGAGAAGAAGCCCGCGGCCGAGAAAGCGCCGGCGGCGGAGAAGUCUCCGGCGGAGAAGAAGCCCAAGGCCGGGAAGAAGCUACCGAAGGACGCCGGCGGCGCCGCCGCCGGAGAGAAGAAGAAGAAGCGGACGAAGAAGAGCGUGGAGACGUACAAGAUCUACAUCUUCAAGGUGCUGAAGCAGGUCCACCCUGACAUCGGCGUUUCCAGCAAAGCCAUGGGAAUAAUGAACAGCUUCAUCAACGAUAUUUUCGAGAAAUUGGCGCAGGAGGCGGCGCGUCUGGCGAGGUACAACAAGAAGCCGACCAUCACUUCCCGUGAAAUUCAGACCGCCGUGAGACUGGUGCUCCCCGGCGAGUUGGCGAAGCACGCCGUCUCUGAAGGAACCAAGGCCGUCACCAAAUUCACCAGUUCUUAAAUUGCUUUUUUUUUUUUUUUUUGUAGAUCUGAAAUUAGGGUUUAUGAUUUUAUUUUAUUUUUGGUACUUUUUUGAUUUACCCGUGGAUGUAAAAAAAUUAUGCUGAUUUACUUGUUUUGAAUCAAAUCAUUGGUAGUUUUUCUUAA